AUGUUUGGUUACGAAUAAGCAUCCACCACUGAGAGUGGUCGCUCGCUUUUCUUUUUAAUUUUUAUCUUUUCUUUACACUUUUUCUAGAUUUGUGUUACCGUCGCUUGGAUUAAGGAAGCUCUAAAGAAGAAUCCCCCACCCGCCAUAUAUUUUCUUCCCUUUCCCUAAACUCUUCUCCAUUCUACAAUUAUUGUAUGACAAGAAGAAGAUAUGGGGAACUGCCUGUUCGGGAGCUUGGGAGAAGCUGAGCCUGAGGGACUGAUCAGAGUCAUAACUUCCGACGGCGGAGUUAUGGAGUUUUCAGCUCCAAUAUCAGCACGAAAUAUCAUAGACGAAUUCCCAGGGCAUGCUAUUUUCCGAAGCCAUGAUCCGUCCUGUAAACCAGUCUUUCACCAUCAGGAGCUUCUGCCUGGAAAGUCAUACUAUCUACUUCCAUUCAACAGCAAAGAAAGCAGUCACGGUAAUGACGACCAGAUUGUCAGACAAGGCCAUCUCCGGUCGAACAGCAACCCGUCGUCUGUCAUUGUUCCUUACAGGAUGUCAUGUGAUCUCAAGGGGACUUUAAAGAGAUCCCAUACUGAUAUUUUCUCCAGGUACAACAACAGCGACCAUGGAUUUUGGAAAGUGAAGCUGGUGAUCAGCCAGGAACAGCUGUUGGACAUUUUGUCGCAAGAAACUCGAACUCAAGAACUGAUCGAGAGUGUUAGAACGGUCGCCAAAUGUGGAAAUGGGGUGUCAACAUCAGUUGGGUUCUCAGAUCAAUGGAGUCUGUCGAGCAUUAGGAAUGCUCCCUCUCACAAAGAUGGCUUCUUGUUUCAAUUGUGAUAAACAAUUGAAAUAAGUAUAGUAUGAACAAGAAUAUUUUGCUAUUUGAUCUUUUUUUUUCCCUCUGUUUAAUAUAUAAAUUUGUGUCUACAUAAAUAUUUCAUAUCAAUCUAAAUUUAAAACCUUCAAAACCAA